AAGUCAAAGGGUCGUAUCAUGAGAAGUUAAUGACUUGUGUGAAUUACACUUUUGCUCAAUUGGUUAUUGUUGGAGAACAAGUUGAGGAUGAAAUCAAACUUGGUGUUAUCCUAGAUUAUCAAGCUAUAAAGGAUAAUCUUGAGCAACAUCAAAAUGGUAAAUUGUUGGAGUUGGAUAAUUCGACUAACACGAAAAUAGUUAACUGAAGUGAGAAGGACAAAAAAAGAGAAUGAAAUACAAAUGGUGAAUUCUGUUGCGUAUUGACUUGGAGAAGCAGUUCAAAAUCAAGGAAGGAAGUAUCGACAUUUUGAUCCCCUACCAUUAUCAUAUUCAAAAAUAUUCAAUCAAAUGGUAGCGCUUGGGGAAUUGACUCCAAUCCCUACAAACAAGCCUCCUAAUCCUUUGCCAUUUUGGUAUGAUCCACAAGCCAAAUGUGAUUAUCAUAGCAGGACCAUUGGUUAUGAUAUAGAAAGGUGUCUAACUUUGAAGCAUAAGAUUCAAGAUUUGAAGGAUUCAAAACACUUACAGCUUCACUCAUACAAGGUUGAUCUUAGAACCACUAUUGAUGAAGGCUUGAAUAAGUGAACAAUGGAGUUUUUCCCUAUUGCUAUCAUUUUGGAAUAAAAUGUGUCUAUCAUGUUAGUUUUUAUUUGCAUUUUCCAAACUCCUUUCAUAUUGCAAUUUGAAUCUUUGUUCUUCAUGUUUUAAUUCAUAGUUAUUCAGUCCUUAAUUUUAUGCUUCCAGGAGUUGCAUUGUUAAUGAACUUGAAUUCAAUUUUGAAUCCCAUAAAGAAAAUUGAGGUUGAGAAAUGAGGGAGGUGAUUGAGGGGAAAAUAAUGGAUGAAUGGUAGAAGAUCCAGCGAUAGAAGGCCUUCCUUUUGAAACUCUACUCCCUAAACCUUGAAAGAUUACCCUUAGUUAAAGACUUUGAGCUUAAUUUCAAUGAACAUUCUUUCAUGAC